AUGGCAACCACUUCAUCUCUCUCCAACACCUUCACACUCUUCUUCAUCAUCAUCACCUCUCUCAUCAUCAUCCUCUCAUCGUCACGCGCCGUCGCAGCGAGCGGGGACCUGAUGGGGUGGGCAGCACCAACUGCGAGAUCCGGAUGCCGAGGAACCAUCGCCGAGUGCCUCUCCACCGAUGAGGAGUUCGAUCUCGAUUCCGAGGCCACCCGGCGCAUCCUAGCCACCACCCGUUACAUCAGCUACGGUGCGCUGCAGAGGAACACUGUUCCCUGCUCCCGACGUGGCGCCUCCUACUACAACUGCCGAUCCGGUGCACAGGCCAAUCCGUACACCCGUGGGUGCAGUGCCAUUACUCGCUGCAGGCGUUAG